AUGUUUUGGGAUGAAGAGUAUUGGCUUCCACGUGGUUUUUCCUGGAAUGAUCUUAAAUCCAAUCAUACUGUUCAUUAUCCAGAUAUUUGGGAAUUAACUUAUGCAAUGAAAUAUAGUGUGUUAUUAUUGUUACUUAGAUUUGCUGUUGAAUGCUUCAUAUUUUUGCCAAUUGGUUAUUUAUUUGGUGUAGUCAAAGAACCACUAGGAUUACGUAUCAAAGCGCAUCUGAAUUUUUGUCAAGCUGGUCUUUAUGUUUUGUCUGAUCAACCUCAGCUGUAUGAUGUUGCGGAAUGUUGGCGGCAUUGGCCUCGUCAUCCGCUGACUAAUAGCGUUUGGUGGUAUUAUGUGAUCGAAACAGCAUUUUAUUGCUCACUUAUUGUCAGCUCAUUGUUAUUUGACAUUCGGCGGGCUGAUUUUAUUCAAAUGACAUUCCAUCAUGUAAUCACCGUUUUACUUCUCCUGCUAAGUUUUGUGAUGAAUAUGGUUCGAAUCGGGACACUGAUUCUUUUUAGCCACGACAUAGCUGAUGUUUUUCUCGAACUGGGCAAGCUAUGCCGAUAUGCUGGUUGGAAAACAGUUUUAACAUGCGUUUUUUUAACAUUCAUGGUAGUGUGGAUUGUCACGCGACUCAUUUACUUUCCAUUUUUUAUUAUUCGAUCGAUAUUAUUCGAUGCUCCUAUUUUAAUACAAGCAGAUUACCGAUGGGAAAAUAUACGACAGCCUCCAAUAGUCCCACGAUUAUUCGCAGUAAUGCUGCUCUCUUUAUUGAUUUUACACAUUUAUUGGACAUUUAUAAUCAUUAAAAUAGCACUUAAGUCAGUGAAAGGCAAUAUUGAUGACAUUAGGGAAGAAUCAGAUAAUGAAAUAUCUUCUGAUUCAUCACCUGAAGAUAUCGAUGCAGUCGUAAAGAACAAUAUAAAAAAGAACAAGAAAAUAGAAUAA